AUGGUAAAUGACAGAUGGAAAGCCAUGGGUGGAGCCCCCCAACUUGAAGACGGCCAGCAGGAGAAAUCCCAGCGCACGAGCUGUGGUUACGUCCUGUGCACCGUACUGCUGUCUGUCGCUGUGCUGCUGGCUGUGACGGUCACCGGUGCCAUCCUCUUCAUGAACCACUAUCACACGCCAGUAACUGAGCCUCCACCCGUCAUCAGCACCAACCCCGAUGAAGACAACAGUGCCCUGGUCACCAUUGAGAAGGCGGACAGCUCUCGCAUCAACAUCUUCAUUGACCCUCGAUGCCCAGACCACGCCGACAACUUUGCCCGCCUAGAGGGUGCCCAGGCCUCUGUGCUUCGGGCCCUCACAGACCGUGAAACUGAGUUCAGGGCUGCUGGUGGUCGGGAACAGGCCUUGCUGGCUACCCUGGCUGAUGAGGUCCCCAAACUUCUGGCCCAGGCCAUCGAGCUCCAGGAGGACUGCGAGGGCCUCAAGAGGGGUCAUGGCACUCUGGGUCAGGGGCUGAAUGCCCUGCAGAAUGAACAGGGCCGACUCAUUCAGCUCCUCUCAGAGAGCCAGAGCAACAUGGCCCACCUGGUGAGCUCCGUCAGUGAUGUCCUGGACACUCUGCAGAAAGAUCGAGGGGCUGCACGGCCUCGAAUCAAGGCUGACCUACAAAAAGUCCCUUCCAGGGGGGCCAGGCCAAGGGGCUGUUCCAACGGCUCCCGCCCAAGAGAUUGUCUGGACAUCUACGCCAGCGGCCAGCAGGAAGAUGGGAUUUAUUCUGUUUUUCCCACUCAUUACCCCGCAGGCUUCCAGGUCUACUGCGACAUGAGCACUGAUGGCGGGGGAUGGACGGUUUUCCAGCGUCGGGAGGAUGGUUCCGUCAACUUCUUCCGAGGCUGGGAGGCCUACAGGGAUGGCUUUGGCAAACUCACUGGAGAACACUGGUUAGGGCUCAAGAGGAUUCACGCUCUGACCAUGCAGGCCACCUAUGAGCUGCACAUAGACUUAGAGGACUUUGACAAUGGCACAGCCUAUGCCCACUAUGGAAACUUUGCUGUGGGAUUGUUCUCCGUGGACCCAGAGGAGGACGGCUACCCAAUCACCAUUGCUGAUUACUCUGGCACUGCAGGUGAUUCCUUCCUGAAACACAAUGGUAUGAAGUUUACCACCAAGGACCAAGACAACGACCACUCUGAGAAUAACUGCGCGGCUUUCUACCACGGGGCCUGGUGGUAUCGUAAUUGUCACACCUCCAACCUCAACGGUCAGUACCUCCGGGGUCACCACUCCUCCUACGCGGAUGGCAUCGAGUGGUCCUCCUGGACAGGAUGGCAGUAUUCGCUCAAAUUCACCGAGAUGAAAAUCCGACCAGUCAGAGAGGAAAAUUAGAGUGGGACCAACAGCCCCCUCCCC